AUCUGUUUGAUUGCGAUAACAACUACAAGAAACGCGUGCCUUUUUCCUUGUGUGUAUAUAUAUACAAUUUUCUGUUCUGUUCCGUAAUCAGUUUGAAACGUGGGUGCAACGAUUUUCUUGAAGUCCAUUCAAGAGUCGUUAAGUAUCACUGGAGAGGCCUGGUUGUCGUAGCAACAGCCAGCAACAAGAAUCAAAGAGCGGCCUAUAGAGUACAAAAUAAAGCCCAGCCGGCGGCAUAAAAACAAACCAUAAAAAAGAUUUCGGCGUCACUCAAGUGUGUGACAAUUAAGAAUAACUGACCAAGCAACAUUCUUCAAUUUUGGUGUGCUAGCGCGUGUUUCUGUGUGUGUCUGUGUGAGGAAUACGCCCCAAUUAGCACUGCAUUUGCAUCGGCAGCAUGGCGGAGGCCAACAGAUUGCUGAAACCAGAGACGGCGUCGGGCAUAGCUCCUGUUACAUUAAACCCAUCGUGGGAAUCCAAAUUGCCGCCACAUGGUUCGAAUGGUAAUGGAUCCUCGAUAUUGGCAAAAAUUGCGCCUGUGGAUAAGCGUCGAAUUGUGUUCUUUAUAUUCCUAUUGCACGGCCUGGGCACCCUGAUGCCAUGGAAUAUGUUUAUAACUGCCAAAAGUUAUUUCGAGGAUUUCAAAUUGAAUGUCACAACGGGACCCGAUGAGAUGAACUACAAAGGCAACUUUAUGCAGAAUCUUGGAUUUGCCUCACAGAUACCUAAUCUUCUCUUCAAUUGGUUAAAUAUAUUUGUCGAUAUGGGUGGCGAUCUAACAAAUAGAAUAGUAUAUAGCAUAAUAUUCGAAAUGAUCAUAUUACUGGUGACCAUUGUAAUGGCCAUGCUUGACACGAUCGCAUGGACGGGCAUUUUCUUUUGGAUAACCAUGGUCAGUGUGGUACUUUUAAACGUAUGCAAUGGAAUCUAUCAGAAUACAAUUUAUGGCCUUGUCGCAUCACUACCCAUUGAGUAUACCGGGGCUGUAGUUCUUGGUUCUAAUAUAUCCGGUUGUUUCGCUACCAUUAUGUCCAUUAUUUGUACAGCUGUAUUCACAUCGAAACGUACCUCGGCUAUAUAUUACUUUGUGACUGCUAUAUUGAUCUUAUUGCUUUGCUUUGAUUCCUACUUUGCAUUGCCCUUGAAUCGAUUCUAUCGUCAUUACGAGAAGCUCAAUCAAAAUGCCACAAAGAAAUCCACUGAUUCCAAAUCACCAGCUAGGGUACCAUAUUGGCAGGUCUUUAAAAAAGCAUCGCCACAGCUCUUCAACAUUUUCUUUACUUUCUUUGUAACUCUUGCCGUAUUUCCUGCCGUCUAUUCUGAUAUCAAGCCAUCGAAUGACGAUUUCUUCAUUUCUAAAGACUACUUCAGUCUUUUUACCUGUUUCCUCACAUUCAAUGUAUUUGCUAUGCUUGGCAGUCUAACCACCUCAUGGAUCAAAUGGCCUAGUCCAAAAUUCCUUGUAGUUCCCGUAGUUUUACGUGUUGUCUUUAUCCCUCUGAUGUUACUCUGCAAUUAUAGACCCAGUAGUGUUGAGCGUACAGCCGAUGUUUGGUUUGACAAUGAAUGGAUCUAUUGGUCCUUUGGCGUUGUAAUGUCAUAUUCAUCGGGUUAUUUGAGUUCCUUGGGCAUGAUGUAUGCUCCACAGACUGUUAAUGCUAAAUAUCAGAUCACCGCCGGCAUGUUUGCAUCAGCCAUGUUAAUUACUGGCAUCUUUUCGGGUGUCAUGUUCGCGUAUCUUUGCCCUUUAUUAAUUUAAUAUUACAUGCUUCAUUUUUACAUUAUUAUUAUUAAUUUUAUUUUACCAAUUAACAUUGAAUUAUAUUCAUGGAUUGACCAUUAACAAUAACAAAGGGAAAGGAACCCAUAUUGAAUUUAAUUUUAAUGUCACAUUACAUACUCAUAAAUCAAAAUCAUCAUUUUUGUUUAAUAAAGUUUUAGUUUUUUGUAACAAAA